CCAUUUUGUGGCUUGACUAUGGGCUCGAAUAUGAAUAACGAACACACAACCAACAGUGCGUACCAAGGUACGGACGAAUUUGAGAAAGAAAUACCAGCAUUACCUCAAGAUUUAAAAAAUGUUUUAAAAAUUUCGGGUUAUUACAAUAUUGAAUCAUUAAGUAACAUUACAAACGAUGAUAUACAGGCAAUAGAACAGUUUGGAAGGGAGGAACUAACCAGUUUAAUAGACGAAGCCGAGUACGAGCAAUAUUUCGGAGUGUAUAAAAGAGUACCACAAAAGUUUAAACUAUUACCUGGUCAUAAGAAGUUGUUAAAAAUCGCAUCAGAGACACUUAAAAAAAAAUUAAACGAACAAAAAAAUAUUCAAAAGUUUCAAAAUCCAUUAAGUUCUCGACAACGUAAUUGCCCAAAAACUCAAGUGAGAGAGGAAGUUAUUGAUUUGCAUUUAGAAAAAAAUAAUUUAAGAAAAGAGCUCUUAAAAAAGUGCAAAGAUAUAAUUCAGGAAGCAACUUUAGAUUUAAACAAAAAAAGUGAAUAUCUUACCAGAUUGGACAAUAUUGAGGUAACUGUUCAAAUAGGGCACAAUGAUGACCUGUUUGGCACAGUCUGUUGUAUAUUAUGUCAAAAUAAAGUAAAACUUUUUUUUGAACAGCGAAAAAGUACUUGCGCUCCGCGGUGGUUAAGAGGAAAUUUCUACAAGCAUUUUAAAGCGCACUUUUACACCAAGAUCCCUGCCAACAAAUCAACUUUAGUGUCAAACGAAAUCGAGAAUGAAACGAAUUCCCAAGGCAAUUGUCGUCCAAAUAAAAAAUUUAAGACAAUGCUCAAUUAUUUAGAAAAACCCUCGGAAAACCCCAAAAUCGAUUUUUUAAGUGUGUCGGGCAUCGAAAAAAAUUCGAGUAAUACUAGUCACGUUGUUUCGCACAUCGAUUGUGAAUUUAAUCUCCAAUCAGAACCCAAACGUCCCAAACCAUCGUCAACAAUAACCUCGACAAUAACUAACGAUCAAACUCGUGAUCAACUAACGAAUCAACAAGCGUGCACUAAAAAAGUUAAUGUAAUACAAAAUGUGUUACUGAACACAAAGUCUGAUGAUACAGUGAAAUCUCGGGUGGAAUUUGAAAACAAAUCAGAGGAGAAUUUAAAAAUUCCAGAUCGAGCUGCAAAUUCAAGAAGUGACAGGAUCAAACGCAAAUUAUCUGUAAUACCUCAAAAUCAACCCUAUAUAACAACAUUUUUCCCUUAUGUAAAUAGCGUAGAGAAAGUGAUGCAAGAAAAUGCAGAAUUAAAAAGAUUAUUUUUGGAUAACUGUAAAAAAAUAAAUGUUUUUGAAAACCAUCCCAAUGAAAGUAGCGACGACGAGAAUAUCAAAGGUUUGUUAAAUUUGCUAAUCAAAACAGCCACAGCAAAUAACAAUAAUACAAAGAAAAGCAAUAAGUACAACCUCACCUUAAAGAAAUUCUCUAAUUAUCUAUUUAUCAUCGGAGGCAGAUUACUAUACGAGACUUUAUAUCUAAAUUUGAAUGGAGCUUUGCCUUCUAUAUCUACUGUACAACGUGAACUAUUCAAAAAUUGUUCCAUCGAAGAAGGUGUUCCAAGAAUCAAGCAGCUGAGUGAACAUCUAUCGAAACGCAAUUUUCCAAAAACAGUGUGGCUUAGUGAAGAUGGAACACGUAUUAAUGGCAGGAUCCAGUAUUGUGCAUCAACCGAUACAAAUGUGGGGUUUGUAUUACCUAUUAAUCCUAAUGGAUAUCCAAACAAUAUGGCAUUUAAAGCAACAUCAAUCCAGGAAGUUAAAAGACAGUUUCAGGAAGAGAGUAAGGCUAACUACACCUAUGCGUUGGUGGCCCAACCUCUUAUAGCUAAAAGUCCGCAAUUUUGUUAUUGUCUGUAUGGCACAGACAAUAGGUUCUCCUCCAGUGAUGUGCUUCAGCGAUGGAGAACCACAAUAGCUAUGGCCAAAGAUAAUGAAAUUGAAGUUCUUGGCAUGUCAUCUGAUGGGGACAGUAGAUUACUAAAGGUAAUGAAGUAUGUAACAAAGUUAUCUUCCGCGCAAAACAAUGAUGGAUGGCCGUGGUUUCAUGCUGAACUUAACAACCCUGAAGUAAUAUGCGUACAAGAUACUACACACAUAGGAACUAAACUGAGGACUCGACUAAUUAAACCAGGAAUAUUAUUGCCGUUUGGAGACUAUAUAGUUUCCAGUGAUCAUUUAAAAUAUAUUAUAGAACAUUUUUCAAAAGAUGUGCACCGUUUAGUGCUAACUGAUAUUAAUUCUCAAGAUAAAAUGAAUUUCACCGCGGUGUUAAAAAUAUGUGAUGCAAAAGUAUUAGAUUUAUUAAAAAGUGCAGUUCCAAACAGCGAAGCGACUAUCUUAUAUUUGACUAUUGUAAAGAACGUUCUGGAUGCUUACAUGCAACAGGAUAUCAAAUUGGAUGAAAGAUUGUAUAAGAUAUGGUAUAGUGUAUUUAUACUACGAAUCUGGAGGCAGUGGAUUAAAGAAUCCGAUAUAUAUACAUUGAAAGACAAUUUUAUCACAUUAAAUAGCUAUACGUGCAUUGAAUUGAAUGCUCACGCCAUGAUUUUACUUAUCAGAAAAUUUGUUAGUGACAAUAAUUUGUCACCGAACAUGUUUCUUCCCCAUCUUAUGAGUAGUCAGCCUUGUGAGCAGCUAUUUAGAGCUACGAGAUCCAUGACCAGUACCUACUCUACUGUGGUGAAUUACAGCAUGUUAGAAAUUUUACAUAGGUUAAACCGUAUUCACUAUCUAGAAGAUGCAAAGCAUGAACUUCAAGGAAAUUUCAAUUUUCCCAAGAGAAUGAGAGUCAGCACUACAACUGAAACUUACUAUGAACCCAUGACUGAUUGUGAUAUAGAAGCUGUAGUAUUAAAGUCACAAAAAGACGCAAUACAUACUGCUGAGAAAAUGGGAAUCAUAAACUGCGACAGAUGGACAUCUAUGAUGGAGCUGAACAAGGUACAAAUAGAUGUAGAUUGUGACGAAAAAUCAAAUGCUGGUAAUGAAGAGGACGGCGACCGAAUCGAUGAUGUUGUGCAAUGCGAGGUGCCAUGUGACGAACAAAGUACGGAUACAUCAAACAAUAAUACAUUGAUAGAAGCGAUUCAAGAAAAUGGUGAUGAUGAUGUGGAUGCAGAGGACACUGAGGUAUUGAAGCAAUGCUUCGGCGAAUCGUUAGACUUAAAGGAUUACACAGAGAAGGUGGACCUAGAUACAAAUAAUCUAUCAGGAGGCCCGUAUUUAAAAGUGGUUUUGAAAAAUGGUGCCACUAAAACCGUAAAAAAAUCUUCAGUAUGUUGGAUGCUAAAUGAAAAUAUAUCAAGAUUGAGUGCUGACCGAUUAUAUAGGUUUAAAGGCCAAACGAAUAAAAAAAAUAUAGUGUUAAACAAAAAUAGAAAAUGUAUUAAAUAUGUAACCGAGGAUGAAAAAAACUCUAAAAAUCAAGUAAGGAAACGUAGAAGCCGAGAUAACAGCUCAUCAGAAUCGGAAUUGGAAAUUGAAAAUAUCGGCCUUCACGAUUCAGAAGACAUUUCAGAUGAAGAACCGAAAAAGAUAAGUAAAGUCAACGUAAACAUUUUGAAUGAACAUUACUAUGCUGUGAAGUACGAUGCUGCGUGGUAUAUAGGGAAAGUGGUCAAUGCAAAGAAAGAAGGGUUGGUGCAAGUGAAAUUUCUGAAAGAAAAUCUUCAACAUU